AUGGUCAAAGUUGGAAUCAUUGGAGCUGGUGCUGCAGGCAUCACAACAGCCAAACAAGCUCUCAGCUUUGGACAUGAUGUGACUGUUUACGAGCAAAUGAACAAGUUAGGAGGAACUUGGGUGUAUGAUGAGGACCUUUCAGCCCACUCAGCUAUGUACGAAGUGCUAAAAACAAAUUUACCACGUGAAGUAAUGAACUAUCAUGAUCAAGAGAUUUCCACUGAGCUACCUUCCUUUGUUGGUCAUAAAGAGAUGUUAGAAUACUUAGAAGAUUAUGCAAAAGAGCUUCCUAUUCUGUUUAACCACAAAGUUGCUCACGUAGAAAGAGUUGAUGACAAAUGGAAGUUAACAGUAGAGCAUGAUGGUAAGAAGGAUGAAGUGUUCUUCGAUGCUUUAUUCGUCUGCAACGGUCAUUACUUCAGUCCCAGAGUAACAUUCUCACAUGAGCAAUUCAAAGGAAAAGUUGUGCACAGCAAAGAUUAUCGUCGUGCCAGAGAUUUCCAAGGGCAACGGGUUGUCGUCGUAGGUGCUGGUCCUUCCGGAAUAGACAUCGCCUUGCAAAUAUCAGAAACAGCUAAAGAAGUUUUUUUAGUUGGAAAAACGGCCGACUAUCAAGGUCUCCCUGACAAUUUGAAACAAUUCCAAACACGAAUUGAAGAAGCGAUCGAUAAUCGGGUUGUUCUAACGCAGAAUCAUCAGAUAAUUGAUGAAAUCGAUACGAUUCUUGCAUGUACGGGAUAUGAGAUGAAGUUUUCAUUUCUAUCCAACGAUCUGAUUGAGACAAAGUUCGGAGGACAGAUGGUCAGCCCAUUAUGGAAUCAUGUUGUUCAUGUCAAAUAUCCAACGUCACUCUUCUUCGUUGGUAUAAGCUUGGCAGCUAUAACUCUACCGUUGUUUGAGUAUCAAGCACGACUUGCAUUAUCAUUCCUUAAUGGAACUGGCAGAAUACCAUCUGAAGAAGAGUUGCGUGAUUACGAGAACAAGAGACUCGAAGAAGUCUUUGAAAGAGGAAUGGAGGGGAAUGCUUAUCACCUGUUGAAAGAUGAUCAAUGGCAAUACAUGGAAACGUUGAGCAAAUAUGGAAAUUUCGAGCAUUUCCACAACCUGGAGUUCGUAAAAGGGAUUUACUAUCAUAUCGUCAAUACACGCAAGAACGUAACCGUCUACAAGAAAAUAAAUUUCGUUGUCCAUGACGACAAGAUAUCCUUCCAUACAGUUCCAUUGUAA